AAGAGAACACGACUUUUGACAAUUAGUGGGAUUCUAGUAUUCAAUAAAUUUACAUGGCGAGCUUUAGCGGCGACCUCAGAAGAUAAGAGAAGAAUAUCAGUUACGUCGUCACGUGAUGCAAGAAGCGAUUAUAGCUUUUCCAAACAAACUAAACACACGACCGUGGUAGUCUUGAUAAGCUGGCGUAUCAACUGAGAGAUUAUUGUUAUUCCGUGGACGUGUUGAUAGAAAGAUAUUAAUCACAUGUUGUAGAGAAAUUGAUGGAAAUUAGUGUUGGCAGAAUUUUUAAUGCUUAUUAUUGUGAUAUCUCACACGUCCUUCUUAAUGAUAUUGUGUAGCAUAUGUUGCCACAAGCUUGAAGACAAACAGAUAUAUUAUAGUGUAGAAUAUGCUUGCAUUGUUGGUGGCUAGUUUUAUCUUCGUGGAGAGGACCAACGCGCAAAGUCAAUCGUCGAAAAUCAGCUAUUAAUAUUAUUUAACACCAGGUGUUCUUUGAGCGAAAAUAAUUUUUGUUAUGAGAAAUAUAGCUGCUACUUCCACAAGAUCGAGUUCUGUUAGCCCAGACAUUGCAGCAAACGACAUGAAGAAAUCAAGGAUACGCUCUUGUUGGGAAGAAGACAAACAUGGUGAAAUUGUAAGCGCCAAUGCAUGUGAGACAGACUUCAAACGUAGCAACAGUAGCGAUGUUGGGGGAUCAAAUUCUCGUCUCGUUAAGACUGAAGUCAAACUGCAAUCUGUGAAACUUGGUGUUUCCGACGAAGAAAAGUCGCAUGUUGGGUAUGUUAGUAAUCAAGAUGCCAUUCACAACUGCUGUAAACGCAAUUCGAGUGAGAGACGAACUGUUGUGAAUAUCAUCUACUCGGUUUUCAAAUCAAAGCGCUUUGAAUCUGAAAAACUGGAACGACUAUAUCAGCGCUAUUUCUUUCGUUUAAAUCAGAAAUUUAUUAACUGGAUUAUUUUUCUGAUGUUUAUACUUUUAUCUGUGUUGUUGGGAGCUCGUUUUGGUUUUGAAAAUCGACAGCACAAAAAGCCAUAUUAUUUAAAGGGUUUGUUUUUCCCGCUCAUUUGUAUUGUAUAUCUUCUCAUUUUAAUCGUGAUAAAUCGUUCGAAGGCGACACAAAGACAUUUGACAAUCUCAUCUUACUCUAUGAUUGGCCUUUUUUGUUGUGUGGUAACAGUCGAUUUCACGUUUCGUCCUGUCAGUUCUGCAGCAGAUGGAGUAUGGUCGUGUGUUUUCUUCAUCUAUUUAACAUAUACACUACUUCCCGUUCGAACUCGAUUAGCGGUCGUUGGUGGGUGUGCGUUUGCCAUGAUACAUUUGAUUUGUUGUCUAUCAAGGUUGAAAUACGAUGACAGUUUAUGGCGAUUGUUGCUUGCAAACUUACUUAUCUUUGCUUGUGCAAAUGCAUCAGGAAUAUUUACGCACUAUUGUACUGAGUUAUCACGUCGUAAAGCAUUUUUGGAAACAAGAAAGUGCAUUGAAAAUCGUUUGGAAAGCCAGAAAGCAAAUCAAAAUCAGGAGCGAUUAUUGUUGUCUGUCCUUCCUCGUCAUGUUGCCUUGGAGAUGAAGGCUGAUAUUGAGGCCGGCAAUCGUAUGGAAAAUCAAUUUCACAAGAUUUAUAUACAAAAGCACAACAAUGUGAGCAUUUUGUUUGGUGAUAUUGAAGGUUUUACCCAGUUAUCAUCACAAUGUACUGCUCAGGAAUUAAUUCAAACAUUGAAUGAACUUUAUGCAAGAUUUGACCAACUUGCAUUGGAGAAUCAUUGCAUGAGAAUAAAGAUUCUUGGCGAUUGUUAUUAUUGUGUGUCAGGACUGCCAGACCCACGACCUGAUCAUGCGCAUUGCUGCAUUGAGAUGGGCUUAGAUAUGAUUGAAGCAAUCAUUGCAGUUCGCGAAGCUAAACGCGUGAAUUUGAACAUGCGCGUUGGGAUUCACACUGGAAAGGUUCAUUCGGGUGUGCUUGGGUUAGUCAAGUGGCAAUAUGAUGUCUGGUCAAAUGAUGUCACCGUAGCUAAUCAUAUGGAAUGUGGUGGACUGCCGGGUCGUGUUCAUAUCACUCAGGAUGUGUAUGAUGUUAUCAAUGGCGACUAUGAAGUGGAAGAUGGCCAUGGUGGUGAGCGUGAUGUAUACUUAAAAGAACAUAACAUGAAAACUUAUCUUAUUUGCGAAAAACACUCAAAAGACAGGAGUAUGUUGCGAAGUCAGCAACGUCAGUUACUUCAAAGUCAAAACAGCAUGUUUAAAAAGCAAGAUGAAACGCAAGAUCAGAAAGCAGAAGCAAGACUUGGAAUCAACCAGAAAAAUCCGGAGGAUGAAGUUAACGAUUUUCUCAGUACUUCUAUAGACGCUCGAAGCGUUGAUAAGCUACGACGAGAAAACAUCUACCCUGGUUUGUUAACUUUUAAGAUGCAGGAACACGAGGAAGAAUAUUCAAACGAGGAGCAUACAAUGAUUCGAUCACAGAUCAUAUUCAAUGUUUUCAUUCUCUUUUGUCUUUUAAUCAUUCAAGUUAUCAUUUUAUCAAGGAAUUACGUUACGGCCAUUAUUUAUGCUUGUGCCUUCAUUGUCACGUGGUUAAUUGUUGUGAUUAUAACAGCUGAGAAUAUACAGCUACUCAGUUGUAUUCAUCAUAUUUCCAAGGCGAUAACUAGUUCAAAGAAACUUUGUCAGGUUAUUGCAACAGUUUCAAUAAUGAUCAAUUUUAUGGCCGUUCUGGGAAACUUGCUCAAAUGUAAUACAUCUUACACAAAGAGUUGUAAUACAUCUACAAGCUCAACCAUUACACCGCUCAAUUUUGAAGAUUGUGAUUUCCCUCAAUACUACACAUAUUCUGUUCUCUUGAUCAUGCUUGGUGUGGCGAUCUUCAUUCAUUUGGGGUUUAUGUAUAAGUUGUGUUUGCUUCUUAUCAUUGCCAUUCUUUAUACCUGUUUAAUACUCACCAAGUUUUCUCCACUCAUUUUGAAGUACGAUGAAGCAACUUUCGAAUGCAAAGAACAUUUCAAAUUGCAAUAUCUUACAAUUUUUGUCGUAUUACUUUUCGUGAUAUCUCUCUUUAUUCAUGGAUACUUGAAUGAAGAAAUAUCAAGGCUUGAUUUUUUAUGGAAGUAUCAGGCGACAGAAGAGAAAAAAGAAAUGGAACAACUUAGAGAGUACAACAAGAAACUUUUGUACAACAUUUUACCUUCACACGUCGCUGGACAUUUUUUGGCUGCUGAAAAGAAAAAUGAGGAACUUUACUACCAGUCAUGUGACAAAGUCGUCGUUAUGUUUUCGCAAAUUGUAAACUUUUCCGAAUUCUACAACGAGCUUGCUGCUAAUGGGGACGGUCGCGAAUGCCUUCGUUUUUUAAAUGAAAUUAUUGUUGAUUUUGACGAGCUUCUAUCUGAACCAAAAUAUCAAUGUAUUGAAAAGAUCAAAAGUAUUGGCGAGACUUACAUGGCAGCGGCUGGUAUUAAACCUGACACACAGGAAGAGCUUGCGUCUUUAAAACAUGUUUCUGCGAUGGUAGAUUUCACAACCGACAUGAGAGAUAGACUUGAAAAACUCAACGCGGAGUCUUUUAAUUCACUAAUUAUGAAAAUUGGGUUAAAUUUUGGUCCCGUGGUUGCCGGAGUAAUUGGUGCAAAGAAACCACAAUAUGACAUAUGGGGUGAUACAGUAAAUGUUGCCAGUCGUAUGUACAGUACUGGUAAACCUGGUAAAGUACAGGUAACAGAAAGCGUUUAUAAUAUUCUCUCAACUCGUGGGUACUCAUUUGAAUGUCGUGGUAAAGUUUCCGUCAAAGGAAAGGGAACAAUGAUUACUUACUGGUUAAUUGGCAAAGAAGGAAAUCACAUUUGAAAACAAAGGUUUCUGCACAGAUUUCACUACACAAAUAAAAAAAUUAGCCUUUGGAAUAAGGGCUCGACCACCGCUUUGUUAAAGCUAGGGUCGAUUUAAUUUUCGAAUCAAAACAACGUCUUCACUGUCUUCUAUAAGUUUUACGGUAAAAGAUUAGAUUCGCAGGGUUUUGCUCGCAAUAGUCCUUCCGCCUGACUAGGUUUCUCUAAAUUGAAAAUUAUAAAAAUUUCAUAUUUUAAUUUGUCUAUACGUCUUGACAAAGAUUAUAAAUAUAGUUUUAAAGUAAAUGGUUUGAA